ACCUCAGCCUCAGGCUGCCGGUUACAAACUACAGUUCUCUGUCUCUGGCUCGCUCCCCACAACGCACGCACACGGACACACAGACACACACACACUCUUCCUUAGCUUCUGAUUGCUCUCUUACCGUAUGUUCAUGGCGACAUCCCUUUCGUUUCUUUGUUCCCUCCACGCCUACUAUCCGUCCUUGCCCAAUUUGACGGUUACCCGCUUCUCCCCUUCGAAGACUCAAUGCUGCUCGACCUCAUCUUCUCAGACUAUCCACCUCGAGGAAAACCUACAAGAGGGCUCCCUUGAAGAUAGCAAGAAGAAGAAGAAGACGAAAAGGAAGCCGAAGCCCGGUUUUCUCGACGUUACCAUGCAAAAAUGGUCUGUGAAAGUUCCCUCUCAAAGAGCCAGCCUUCCAUGGCAAGAAUCAUCGUCCUUCUCCGAUAUCCUCAAAGACUUCGGUAUUUCACUCGAUUCUGGAGACUCCCCAGAAGACAAAUGUGGACUCUCUGUGGUUGAAUCCUUAUCAACUGCGGAUACUGUUUCCCCUCGAUCCAUCUCCUUGAAAUUCCCGGCUGACACCAGGGGUUUCGCUGACCAAGUUACCGAGUCCAUGAAGACAAGUAGGGAAUGUGAGUAUAUGGAGGGCACCCACAAUUCGAAAGGCAAAGGCGAGAAGACUGCUGUGGGAAAAAUCGUGGAGAAGUUGAAGGAGAUGGGUAGUGCCGAGAGAGGAGGAUUCCUGAAAAUGGAUUCGUCCAGACGUGAUAAUGCGGCGCCUGGUGUGCUUCCAUGGAAGAAGAUGGAGCAUGGGAAGAGAAUAAGCAAGACAGAAUUAGCUGAAUCGACUGUUCCGGAGCACGAACUGCAGAGACUGAGGAAUUUGUCACUGAGGAUGAAAGAGAGGAUUAAGGUGGAAGAUGGUGGUGUUACUCAGGCGGUUGUGGAUUUGAUUCAUGAAAAAUGGAAGGACUCAGAAGUGGUGAAGAUUAAAAUUGAGGGGCCACCUGCUUUUAAUAUGAAGAGAACACAUCAAAUUCUGGAGAGCAAAACUGGUGGUCUGGUGAUUUGGAGGUCGGGAAGCUCUGUAGCUCUGUACAGAGGCAUGAGCUAUGAGCUCCCGUGUGUACAGUCGUAUAACCAACAUUCUCAAAUCAGUCAUUUAGUUGAUUCUGCAACAAAUUCUAAUGGUUCACUGCCUGGUCAAUUUAUAAACGGAAAAGAAAACUCUACAACUGGAUGCACCAAGGCAAUUAAUGCGAGUAGUGCUAAUGGAUUUGGUACCAGUUCCUCCAAGCUGACAGAUGAAGAAAAUAUAGAUUCUAUUUUAGAUGAACUGGGUCCACGGUUUAGAGACUGGUCUGGAUGUCAUCCGCUGCCAGUUGAUGCUGACUUGCUGCCAUGUACAAUCCCUUCUUAUAGUCCUCCUUUCAGAGUUCUCCCUUAUAAGAUGAAGUAUUGCCUUGGAAACAAGGAAAUGACAUCUUUGCGGAGACUUGCUAGAACUAUAUCUCCUCAUUUUGCCCUUGGAAGAAACCGACAACUCCAGGGGUUGGCUAUGGCUAUGGUGAAGCUCUGGGAGAAAAGUGCCAUUGCCAAGAUUGCUAUCAAACGCGGCGUGCAAAAUACUUGCAAUGAGAUAAUGGCAGAAGAAAUCAAGAAGUUGACAGGUGGUACUCUAGUUUCUAGAAACAAGGAGUACAUUGUUUUUUACAGGGGAAACGACUUUUUGCCCCCUGCUGUGGCUGAGAGGUUAUUAGAAAGAGAAAAACUAGCUGUACUUCAGUAUGAAAAGGAAGAACAAGAGCGAUUAAGGGCAUCAGCCUUGACAGUUUCAAAUGUCCCAACACCUAAGCGGCCAUAUCUUGCUGGUACCCUGGCAGAGAGUUUGGAAGCUAAUUCUCGAUGGGGAAGAGAACCGAGUGCUGAAGAAAGGGAAAAGAUGAUGAAAGAUGCAGCUUUUGCAAAACACGCUUCUCUUGUUACAUAUCUAGAGAGGAAGCUGGCUAUUGCACGAGGUAAGGUGACCAAGGCAGAGAGAGCUCUUAGAAAGAUGCAAGAAGCUCUAAUUCCAGCAGAACUGCCUGAUGAUCAAGAAAUCAUCACUGAUGAAGAAAGGUCCAUGUUCAGAAAACUGGGUCUCAGCAUGCAAGCUUUCUUGAACCUGGGAAGGCGUGGCAUUUUUGAUGGUAUUGUGGAAAACAUACACCUCCACUGGAAGCACCGGGAGAUCAUCAAGAUAAUGGUAAAGGGAAAGAGUUUGCCACUUGUCAAGCAUAUUGCAAUAUCUCUUGAAGCUGAAAGUGGGGGUAUCUUGAUAUCUGUGGACAAAACUACCAAAGGCUAUGCAAUCAUCCUUUAUCGUGGAAAGAACUAUAUGCGGCCAUCAAAGAUUAGGCCAACGAAUCUGUUGACAAGAAGGAAAGCCUUGGCUCAUUCAGUUGAGCUCCAGAGACGUGAGGCACUUAAUCAUCAUAUAUUGGACCUGCAGAAAAGGAUUAAGUUGCUGAAAUCCGAACUAGAUAAGAUGAGGGCUGGUGAAGAAACAGAUAUUGAGCAGUUGUACGCCAAGUUUGAUGCUGAGUCUUCAUCUGAAGAUGAUUCAGAAGAUGAAGAUGAAGCAUAUCUUGAAACCCGUGAUAGUGGUGAUGAGGGAGAAAAGAAGAACAAGUCUGUUGCUGAAACAGAAUUAAAGUGAUUAAAUGUCAGCCAGGAUGAUUCCCCUACCUUUUAGUGAUAUUGGACUAGUAACUGGUUCAGUUGAUGUCCUCUUGUUUGACGUUUACAUCACAGCCUGCUAUUGAAGUUGCAAUAAUUUUGUCCACGUUAUGAAGGUUGAUGCUGAAAAUGAUAUGAAACUCAUCGGUAUGGUGUAUCAUUCCAAUGCAAGGCGAGGAAUUUUAGUCUCGCAGCAUCAGGAUGGAGUCACCGACUCACCAGCAAGUUUGACAGGCAGCGGCAUCAGGAGCUUUCGAACAAGGAUAUGAGACUCUAUUAGCAGAGGAGACAAACGAUGUCAAGUUGGCGUACAACUCAUAGCGAUUGUCAAUUUGUCAUGGAAGGAGUUUGAAAAAUGAGACAUGCUUUCAACUGGAUAAGAUUGGAAACAGAUGAACACUUCUACCAUGAAGCUAAAGAGUGCAUAAUGAAGUUCGAAUACAAACUUGGUUGGAUCAGAAGGGCUUGAUAUACCGGUUGGUUCGCAGAUAUCUUGCAGUUCUACUUCCAUUCCCACAGCCACCAUGUUUGACCAAGCAGAAGCUGUAGGCGCACAAUCUGAAAUAUGUAGAUACACCUAGAGAGUUUCUGCUGUCUCCAAGAGGGUUCACCUCUGACCUGUUAUUUCAACUGUACUUGUCCUACAAAGGCAAGCCCUUGUAAGGAACAGUACUGCCCCAACUGUGCAUAUCUUUUUUUUGGUUUCUGUCUAGUUUUUCUCAGUUUCCUUUUUCUUUUCU